GCUGACGGCAGCCCGGCGACCGCGCAUGCCCAGUGAGCCCGACUCGCCAUGCCGACUGUCAGCGUGAAGCGCGGUCUGCUCUUCCAAGCCCUGGGCCGCACCUACACUGACGAAGAAUUUGAUGAACUAUGUUUUGAAUUUGGCCUGGAACUUGAUGAAAUUACUUCUGAGAAAGAACUUAUAAGUAAGGAGCAAGGCAAUGAAAAGGCAGCCAAGGCCUCUGAUGUUGUUCUUUACAAAAUUGACGUUCCUGCCAAUAGAUAUGAUCUCCUGUGUCUGGAAGGAUUGGUCCGAGGACUUCAGGUCUUCAAAGAAAGGAUAAAGGCUCCAGUAUAUAAACGGGUACUGCCUAAGGGAGAAAUCCAGAAAUUGACUAUCACAGAAGAGACAGCUAAAAUACGCCCUUAUGCUGUAGCAGCAGUUCUCCGCAAUAUAAAGUUCACCAAAGAUCGCUAUGACAGUUUCAUUGAACUUCAGGAGAAAUUACAUCAGAAUAUUUGCAGAAAAAGAGCACUGGUUGCUAUUGGUACUCAUGAUUUGGACACUUUGUCAGGCCCAUUUACUUAUACUGCAAAGCGUCCUUCAGAUAUCAAAUUCAAGCCUCUAAAUAAGACCAAGGAGUAUACAGCCUGUGAACUGAUGAACAUAUACAAGACUGACAACCAGCUUAAACAUUAUUUACAUAUCAUUGAAAAUAAACCUCUGUACCCAGUUAUCUAUGAUAGCAACGGUGUAGUCCUUUCAAUGCCUCCAAUCAUCAAUGGGGACCAUUCCAAAAUAACAGUAAAGACUAGAAAUGUGUUUAUUGAAUGCACAGGAACUGACUUUACUAAGGCAAAAAUAGUCCUUGAUAUUAUUGUCACCAUGUUCAGUGAAUAUUGUGAGAAUCAAUUCACGGUUGAAGCAACUGAGGUAGUUUUUGCUAAUGGGAAAUCACAUACCUUUCCAGAGCUGGCUUACCGAAAGGAGAUAGUGAGAGCUGAUCUAAUUAACAAAAAAAUUGGAAUCAGAGAAACUCCAGAAAAUCUUGCAAAACUUCUGACCAGGAUGCAUUUAAAGUCAGAAGUCAUAGGCAAUGGGAAUCAGAUCGAGAUUGAAAUCCCUCCAACCAGAGCUGACAUUAUCCAUGCCUGUGAUAUUGUAGAAGAUGCCGCCAUUGCUUAUGGAUAUAACAACAUUCAGAUGAGUCUUCCGAAAACGUACACCAUAGCUAAUCAAUUUCCUCUUAAUAAGCUCACAGAACUUCUAAGACAUGACAUGGCGGCAGCUGGCUUCACUGAGGGGCUUACCUUUGCUCUGUGCUCCCAAGAAGAUAUUGCUGAUAAACUUGGUUUGGAUAUCUCUGCAACAAAGGCAGUGCACAUAAGUAAUCCUAAAACAGCAGAAUUUCAGGUGGCACGCACUACCCUUCUUCCUGGCCUUCUAAAGACAAUAGCCGCGAAUCGGAAGAUGCCCCUUCCUCUGAAGCUGUUUGAAAUCUCAGACAUUGUAGUAAAAGAUUCUAGCAGAGAUGUAGGUGCAAGGAACUACAGGCAUCUCUGUGCUGUUCACUAUAACAAGAGCCCUGGGUUUGAGAUAAUCCACGGGCUUCUGGACAGAAUCAUGCAGCUGCUAAAUGUGCCUCCUGGUGAAAGGAAAGGGGGCUACGUGAUCAAAGCAUCAGAAGGCUCCGCUUUCUUCCCUGGGCGAUGUGCUGAGAUCUUUGCCCGGGGUCAGAGCAUCGGGAAGCUUGGGGUCCUUCAUCCUGACGUCAUCACCAAAUUUGAGCUGACCAUGCCCUGCUCCUCCCUGGAGAUCAAUAUCGAGCCCUUUUUGUGAAGAUGGGGUGCUAGUGUGUGACCCUCUCUCGAGUGUCCCUUUCUUCUUCCCCAAUGUCCUUUACCCUCCUCCACAGGGGACCUCCAUUUGUGCUCUAAUGUUUAAUAAAGUAAAAAACACUGGC